AUGACAGAAUCAGACAUGGAUCAUCAGGGUGUCAAGUCGCCCAAUGCCGGCGAUGAUGGAGAUGCUGUCUCGAUUCAACUCAAGGAGACACAACAGCCCAAUCGCAUGGCUGAAGCUCAAGCGAUGAGUGAAGAAGAGAUUGCAGAGAUAGAGAAAAAGCUGAAACGGAAGCUUGAUCUCCGUUUGCUAGCCGUGGUUUGGGUUAUCUUCAUCUUGAAUUACCUCGACCGAAAAAACAUCGCCGCUGCCAAAGUUGCCGGAAUCAAAGACAGUCUCAGGCUCGAUGACACCCAAUACGAGACAGCAGUUUCGAUUCUGUUCGUCGGAUACAUCCUCAUGCAGAUUCCGUCCAACAUCUACCUCACCCAGAUCCGGCCAUCACUCUUCAUGCCUUUCUGCGUUGUGUUGUGGGGCGGGAUGUCUGCAGCUACUGGUGCAGUCACCAACUUAUCGGGUCUCUAUGCCAUUCGGUUCUUCUUGGGAAUAGUUGAGGCAGCCUUCCUCCCCGGUGCCCUAUUUCUCAUCUCUUCCUGGUACAAGAGAGACGAAAUGGGCUUCCGAGGUGCCAUCUUGUUCUCAGGUAGCCAGCUCGGAAGUGCCUUCUCUGGUCUCAUCGGUGCUGGAAUACAGCACUCUCUCGACGGUGUUAAAGGUCUCGAAUCAUGGCGUUGGCUAUUCAUCAUCGAGGGUUGUAUCACGGUGUUUGUUGGCGUCUUCGCAAUCUGGCUACUUCCUGACUGGCCAUCAACAACCUCGUGGCUUACCCCCAAAGAACGAGCUGUUGCUGAAUGGAGAUUGGUUAAGGAUGCCGGCCAGGUUGAUGAAGAUGACGAGCCGUGGUCUUAUGGAUUCAAGCUCGCUUUAAUGGACUGGCGCGUUUAUGUUUUCACAUUCCUCUUUAUCUGUAUCCAAGUCUGCUCUGCUGUUGGCAACUUCUUCCCCGACAUCGUCGAUACUCUCGGAUACGGUCGAGUCACGACUCUCUUAUUGACGGCCCCUCCUUAUUUGGUUUCUCUUUGUGUCUCCAUCGCCAACAACUACUCGUCCGACCGAACGCGCAAUUCGAGCUUCCACAUCAUCUGGCCCAUGUGUAUUGCCAUCAUGGGUUACAUCAUUGCCGCCACUACCCUCAAGACUGCACCUCGAUACUUCUCCAUGUUUUGCAUGACAAUUGGUGCUUACGGUACCAAUGCAGUUCUGCUGGCCUGGGUCCAGAAGACUAUGAUUAGACCACGCAUCAAGCGAGCAUCGGCGGUUGCUAUCGUCAACGCUCUUGCCAACACCAGCCAGGUCUGGACGUCGUACCUUUACCCAGACUCCGACGCUCCCCAUCACGUCCUGGCUAUGAGCGUCAAUGCCAGCGGUGCUUUCUUGGCAAUUUGUACCGCGCUGGUUCUGAGGUUUAUCCUCCUCCGUUACAAUAAGCAGCUUGCUAGCGGUGAGAGAACUGUUGCGGAGGUUAUGAAGGGUGAGGCGGUUCAGGCCAUUGCUGGACUCACUUUGGAGGAAAAUGAGCGGAGAAAGGAAGCUUUCCGGUUCAACGCCUGA